UAAAUUGCCGGCUUGCUUUAGGGAUCAGCAUCAGUUUCAGCGUCUAGCUCGUCCAGCACAGUCGUAGUUGUAGCUAUCAAUUCCAAAAUGAAAUUCCUCAUUGUGUUCGCUCUGUUCGCCUUCGCGGCCGCCGAUGUCAGCCACCUGAGCAAGUACCUGCCCCCAGCCCAGAGCUACAGGCAGCCAAGCAACGAGUAUCUGCCCCCCGUGCAGCAAUCGUACUCGGCUCCAUCGGUCAGCUACUCUGCCCCGGCUGUCCAGCAGACCUACUCCGCUCCUGCCGUCCAGACCAGCUACUCUGCUCCCGCUGUCCAGACUAGCUACUCCGCUCCUGCCGUCCAGACUAGCUACUCUGCCCCAGCUGUCCAGUCUUACUCUGCCCCAGCUGUCCAGUCUUACUCUGCUCCAGCUGUCCAGUCUUACUCUGCCCCAGCUGUCCAGUCUUACUCUGCUCCUGCCGUCCAGAGCUACUCCGCUCCUGCCGUCCAGUCUUACUCUGCUCCCUCGGUGAGCUACAGCGCACCCAGCAACGAGUAUCUGCCUCCCGUUCAGCAGUCGUACUCUGCCCCAGCUGUCCAGCAGACUUACUCUGCCCCAGCUGUCCAGCAGACUUACUCCGCCCCAGCUGUCCAGCAGACUUACUCCGCACCAGCUGCCACCUACUCGGCUCCAUCGGUCAGCUACUCCGCUCCCGCUGUCCAGCAGAGCUACUCUGCCCCAGCUGCCACCUACUCCGCCCCAGCUGUCCAGCAGUCGUACUCGGCUCCAUCGGUCAGCUACUCGGCCCCAGCUGUCCAGCAGAGCUACUCCACAGCGUCGUCGUCGUCGGGCAGCUACUCGUCCGGUGCUGAUGUCGGCACUCAGUAUGCCUCCAACGGUGGCUAUGUCUACAGGAAGAAGUAAGAGCUAGAGCGUGCUGCAAACUGUUCACACAACUCUAAUCUAAUCUAAUCAAAAAUACAAAAUGCAAUGAGCAUUUCACAUUGUUCAUUUGCAUCACAUAUUCUAUU